AUAACAAACAUCGCUCUGGAAUGGGGACGUUUUACCUCAAUGUUUUCCUGUUCUAUGUGUUUGUGGCCUUACCCCAUCUCGCUACGGGAUGGUACUACAAUUGCUACCUAGAUGCCAACGUCCUGCUGCAAGACGGCUGCAAUCUGAAGAAUAUCGUCGUAGACAAGCAAAUCGAUGCAGAGAACAUCUAUUUUCCACCAACGAAUAUUAAUUUUUUUAAUUCUAAUUUCUCCUCUUUCUCGCCAACCCUCGGGCGAAGAUUGUCGGACGAAACGGAGCACGUGAAUUUCUUCAAUUGCCUAUCACCAAAGGUGGCGAUUCCUUUGACGUUGAAACGACUGGGAAUAUUCUUCAACAAUCUGGAAAAGGUGUUUGCCAACUACUACGAACCGAACAAGCUGGAACAGCUGAGCAUUGUUGGCACGCAAAUUACGGAGAUUCGUUUUGUAGAAGUAUUAAAUCAGCUGCAGUUCCUGCGCAUCCAGAAAAAUCUUGUUCGGUUUGUCAACUUCGAGCGGUUUCGUAACCUUUCGCGGUUAGAAAUUAUUGACCUAAGGGAAAAUCGAAUUUCCAGCAUCGAGCCAGGGUUAGGGCCUAUUACUCUACCGAUACUGCGGGAACUUCAUCUAAACGGAAACUAUCUAAUCGAAUUGGACAGUAGUUUGUGGAGCUUACCGAAUUUGAGUUUGCUGAAGUUGGAUACGAAUUUCUUGAAGUCGCUAAAUUUACCGGAACUUGAAAGUUCGAUGCCGCUUCUUAGUGAAAUCACUUUGGGCAAGAAUCUCUGGAACUGUAAGCGAAUCAAUGAGAUUGUGGAAUAUUUUGCCGCUCACAGUAUAAGUUAUGUUUCUGGCGUUGAUGCACUGGGCUGCUAUUCGUUUGAUUAUGUGGAAUAUUUAAGUUUGUCGUUGAUGGAUGAAGUCACACUAGCUGGCAAUAAGAUGAUUGACCUAAAUGAAACUUCAAGCAGAUAUUUUGAAGAUGCAAAAUCGUUGGUGUUGGAUAACUUGUUAAACCGGAAUCAUAAGUUAGAAAAUAUUCUACUUGAAAUUAACUCCGGAGUUGAUGAACUACGUAUCAAAUAUAACAAUCUAAAAAAGUGGAUUAAGAAUAAGUGA